AAUAGAGAUAGCAAAAUCAAAGCAACUAACAAAUUAGAUCCUCCUGCUUCAUUAUUGAACAAAAGAAACAAAAAUAAGAAGAACAUAAAACCCAACUACAGAAACUACAGUGAGGGGGCUUUGAAGAGUCAGCCAACUCAUGAGGAUACGGUUCAAUCCAUGCUACUGCAAAUUAUAGGCAGACUGGACAAGCUAGAAG